AUGUCUAAAGAAUUCCAGCAACGGGAAAAAGAAAAAAAUGGAGAACGGGAAAAGAAUGAAUCACAACAACAACAACAACAAACAAUAACCUCAUCAUCAUCAUUUGUUGAACAACAAAUAAAUUUCUCAACAAAAAUGACAACAACAACAACAACACCAAUUAUUGCUAGUGAAAAUGAAGAAAGUUUAAUAACAACAACAGUUAUAAAUACUUCUACAACAAUUACGGGUUUACAACAACCUUUAAAUCAAAUACUUCAACAUAAAAAAAGUUUAAGUAACAGUAAUAAUUCUACCUCAUUUUCAAUGAUUAGUUCAAGAAUUGAUGAUGAAGAUCCAAUUUUUGCUUUGGAUGAAGAAGUUAAUGCAAAAGAAGGUGAAAGAGCACGUCAUUAUACUGCUGAUUUUGAUCCGACAAUAUCUGAUGAUGAUGAAUUUCCAAGAGAAAUGGAGAGUUUACAUGGGGGACGUGCUUAUUCUGCAUCAAAUCGUUUUCCAUCUAGAAUGCGAAAUACUGGACGUUCAGGUCCACUUUCAAAUAUUCUUCAUAAAGUGCAUGGACAAUUUGAUAGUGGGGGUAUUUCAGUAGUUCCAGCUUCUUUGCCCAUCCAAAUCAGUCGCGGUUUUAAUUGGCCUUCUCACGAUUUGGUUGGCAGUUUGAGUGAGGAAGAAGAUGGGAUUACAAAAAUGGAAAAGGCGAGAGCAGCUGAAACUUUGGCUGCCGUUCUUUCAAAUGGAAUUAAUGAGAAUGAACAAAAAAAGGAAACGAAUAUUUUGGGACAAUUUGAUGGAAGCAAGCUGACACAGCAAAAUGGGUCGGAACAAGAGGAAACGGAAAUUGAGAAUUUAUAUGGUCGUAUUCAGGCUUAUUCUCGUUCUAUCCAACCGGAAGAUGAUCCCGAACGCAUUUUUGGCGAGCGUCCUCAUCGUCGUUACUCGUUAGCCGCAAAAUUUGGUACGGAUGCUGAUUUACCUCCUCCCUCAACAGAGGAAGAAGAUAGCGGGGGAGAAAACAUUCCACCGAUAACAACGACUGAUACUCUUUCUAGCCAUCGCAAUCCUCAUCAACAACAACUGACAACGAUUACCUCAACUGACAACAAUCAGGCAAUGAUCUCAAACAUUAUGACGCCGAUUGCUUCUUCACAUACUGUCAUUCCCCAUCAAACGAUGACUAUUGUUAGUGGAGGGGGAAUGCCUAAUGUGAUAGUGCCAACUAGUAUGAGUGACUGUUUGUAA